UUUCCAAGCUCCCUUCCUAUACAUUAUUUCAGUGGCAUGUUUAGUCGAACCAAAAAGCUUGGGAUAAGUAGUAGUUGAGCCGAUCUCCUCCGGCCACCGGCGGCCAAGUCUAGCUUAAACGAAUAAAGCCAUCAAACCCCGGCGGGAGUAACCGGUUCCCAAUCUCGCAUCUUACUUACCCUACUACUUGGUCCAAUACCAAAUGCAAAAUACGAGCCGCCGGACAUUCCCAGCUAACUAUACGUAAUCUAUAAAUUCGAAUCAUUCAUCACUUUAUCCUACUUAUUUCAGUUAUGGUGACUGUGGAUCAAAGUCAGGGUCCGGGACCGAUCUCUGGGGUCGGUUCUCAAACCCUUCCCCCAAUUCGGGCGUGCCUGUUUGACAUGGACGGUCUCCUUAUUAACACGGAGGAUUUAUACACUCUUUGCGCCGACAUAGUCCUGACCAAAUACGGACGGCCCCAUCUCCCCUGGUCCAUCAAGGCUCAGCUCAUGGGCGUCCCUGGCUCAUCCCACGGCGACACCUUUCACAGCUGGGCCCAGCUACCAAUCUCAAGAGAGCAGUUCAAAGAGGAACAAACUGGACAGCACCGGAUCCAUUUCCCCGAAUGCAAGCCCCUCCCAGGGGUAGAGAAGCUCCUCAAGGAUCUCAAGAGUGCACAUGGUACGCAGGGGCUAUCGGUCGAAAUUGCUCUCGCUACGAGUAGCCAUAAAGCGAACUACGAGCUAAAGACUUCGCGGCCAGAAACGAAGGCUGUUCUUGAUCUAAUUCCAGAGGAACACCGAGUCCUAGGAGACGAUCCCAGGAUCCAACGUGGCAAACCGGCUCCUGACAUCUACCUGCUUGCCCUGCAGGCAAUUAACUCAUCACUACCUGAAGGCAUCCCGAAGAUCACGCCCAACGAGUGCCUAGUCUUCGAAGACAGCGUCCUAGGCGUAGAGGCAGGGCGGAGGGCAGGCAUGAGGGCCGUAUGGGUUCCUCAUCCCGGCCUCGCCGCCGAGUACAAAGGCAAAGAGAAAGAGGUGCUUGCCGGGAGAACAGCGUUAUAUCCGAUUGGCAAUGACGAGCAACUCGGCGCGAUCGACGAUGGCCGGGCCGAACAGCUUGUUAGCCUGGAGAACUUCCCUUAUGACAAGUUUGGUAUUGUUGUUCCCCAGGACGCGAAUCAUCCCACUAUGGAUAGUAGGUAACAGAAGUGCGCCUUGGCAAUAUUAUUUUCGUACAGGCAUAGUUCAGCGACGAUAAUGAGUUACGUGACUGUCUGUCUAGUCGCUGCGUUUACAUAUAAACUGUGAUAAUACCGCCCCGGAUGGGAGACAACCAAGUCAAAUAGGUACCUAAGGUAGAUAAGCAAGUAGCUACAUACCAAUCCCACAGGUGGCCACGGGUGGGAAUGGUUCGCUACGUAUUAACCCGCCAAGCGAACCACCUCUCGUUGUGGGGUCACAUAAUACACAGCAAGUUGCAACCGAGAUGGUGCUAUACUCCAAAGUAGAGGCGUAAAGAUCUAGG